AGGGGCCCGCGUCUCGCCGGCGUGACGCACUUCCGGGGCGCUGCAGGCGGCAAGAUGGCGGCUCCCAUGGAAGUGGCCGUGUGUACGGACUCGGCGGCCCCGCUGUGGAGCUGCGUGGUGUGGGAGCUGCAUUCGGGCGCCAAUCUGCUCACGUACCGCGGCGGCCAGGCCGGACCGCGCGGCCUGGCGCUGCUCAAUGGCGAGUACCUGCUGGCGGCGCAGCUGGGCAAGAACUACAUCAGCGCCUGGGAGCUGCAGCGGAAGGACCAGCUCCAGCAGAAGAUCAUGUGCCCUGGGCCUGUCACCUGUCUGACCACAUCACCCAAUGGCCUCUAUGUCCUGGCAGGGAUUGCAGAGAGCAUAUACCUGUGGGAGGUCUCCACGGGAAGCCUCCUGGUCAUCCUGAGCCGCCACUACCAGGACGUGUCGUGCCUGCAGUUCACGGGGGACAGCAGCCACUUCCUGUCGGGGGGCAAGGACUGCCUGGUGCUGGUGUGGGGCCUGUGCAGCGUGCUGCAGGUGGACCCCACCAGGACCCCAUCCCCCCGGCACGUCUGGUCUCGCCACACCCUCCCCAUCACAGACCUGCACUGUGGCUUUGGGGGGCCCCUGGCCCGGGUGGCCACCUCCUCCCUGGACCAGACAGUGAAGCUGUGGGAGGUCUCAUCGGGCGAGCUGCUCCUGUCCGUGCUCUUUGAUGUGGGCAUCAUGGCCGUGACCAUGGACCUGGCCGAGCACCACCUCUUCUGUGGAGGCAGCGACGGCGCCAUCUUCCAGGUGGACCUCUGCACCUGGCCUGGGCAGAGAGAGAAGAGCUUCCAGCCAGAGCGGGACAGCGGCAAGGUGUUCAGAGGCCACAGGAACCAGGUGACCUGCCUGUCCGUGUCUUCCGACGGCAGCGUGCUGCUCUCGGGCUCCCACGACGAGACCGUGCGUCUCUGGGACGUCCAGAGUAAGCAGUGCGUCAGGACGGUCACCCUCAAAGGCCCCGUGACCAAUGCCUCCAUCAUGCUGGCACCCGUCAGCAUGCUGAGCUCAGACUUCAGGCCCGGCCUGCCCCUGCCCCAUUUCAACAAGCACCUUCUGGGCGCCGAGCACGGGGAUGAGCCGCACCGCGGGGGCUUCACGCUGCGCCUGGGUCUCCACCAGCAGGGUUCGGAGCCCAGCCACCUGGAGAGGGCAGAGCAGUUGCUCGGGGUGAUGAGCAGCACAAUGGAGAAGAGCGUCCUGGGCGGCCAGGACCAGCUGCGGAUCCGCGUGGCCGAGCUGGAGGACGAGGUGCGGAAUCUGCGCAAGGUCAACCGCGACCUGUUCGACUUCUCCACGCGCAUCAUCACCCGGCCUGCCAAGUGAGCCCGGCCUGCGGCCUGGCGGCCCCUGCGUCCCCCACCCCUGCACGGAGACCUGCUGGGAGCUUUCAGCCCCACAAGCACUUGUUUCUCCAGGCGUUGGGCCACUGGUGUUUCCUGUGGCCUCUUGGUGCUGUUUCGUUUUUAACAAAAGAACUAAAAGCCCCUUUUCUCUG